UGCAUGAACCCAGAUAAAUCAACACAUGUGGUCUUUGAUCCAGAGGGCGGGCUAAACAUGACUCCGAUUUCUGAUUGGUCUAAAGCAAUGGUGUUUUUUGACGUAUAUUAAACACGAUUGGCUAUUCACAAACGUCCCCUUUGUCAUUGGCUACGUCUCGACGAAUCACAGGUAAGAACUCUCAGCCGAUUUUAACAGCUUAUUUGUUCGCUGUCCAGUUAGCUAAGUUUUAAACUAGCGUAAACGAGACGAGAAUAUAGUAUCACUUCUGUUUCUACCUAAAUUAGAACCGCGACAUUGGUGUCUUUGAGUUAGGCAGACGCAGCUUAUUAUUUUUUAUAAAUACUGUUACAAGUUUUGCUUUUUCUACCUGUGGGGUCAGUUUUCAUCUGUUAUGGCUACACGUCUUCGGCCGAGCAGUAAACGGUGUGCAGUCAUCGGAGGCUCGGGUUUCCUGGGCAGACACCUGGUGGAGARGCUGCAGGACCGAGGUUAUUCCGUGUCCGUGUUCGACAUCCGGCAGAGCUACGAGCUGCCAGGCGUCACCUUCCACCAGGGAGACCUCUGCGACCAGCAGGCUCUGCUGUCGGCUCUGAAGGACGUAUCUCUGGUUUUCCACUGCGCCUCUCCAGCCCCAGGGAGCGACGAUCGUGCUCUGUUUGAGAGGGUCAACAUUCAGGGCACAAAGACGGUCAUCGAGGCCUGCAUCCAGGCUGGAGUACAGAAACUGGUCUUGACGAGCAGUGCCAGCGUGGUGUUUGAAGGGACGGACAUUAAAAAUGGAAGAGAGGAUCUGCCGUACGCCAAGAAGCCCAUCGACUACUACACACAGACCAAAAUCAAACAGGAGAAGUUGGUCCUGGAGGCGUGUGACAAGCAGAAAGGUUUCCUCACAGUCGCCAUUCGACCUCAUGGCAUCUUUGGUCCUCGGGAUCCACAGCUGGUUCCCAUYAUGGUGGAUGCCGCUCGCAGGGGGAAGAUGAAGUUCAUCAUUGGAGACGGGACCAAUUUAGUAGAUUUCACCUUUGUGGAAAAUGUUGUUCAUGGACACAUCUUGGCUGCUGAGUGCCUGAGACCGGACUCUCCCAUCUGUGGCAAACCGUAUCACAUCACCAACGACGAGCCGAUCCGCUUCUGGGACUUCAUGUCUGAGAUGCUGGUGGGUCUGGGUUACGCUGCUCCACGCUUCCACGUACCGUACGGGCUCGUCUACAGCCUGGCCCUGCUCCUCUGGCUGCUCACCUGGAUCCUGAGCCCUCUGGUGUCGCUCAAACCAACCUUCACGCCCAUGAGGGUGGCUUUGGCUGGAACCCAUCACUACUACAGCUGCGAACGAGCCAAAAACGACAUGGGCUACAAACCGGUGGUCAGUCUGAAGGAGGGGAUCGCUCGYACGGUGCAGAGUUACCCUCAUCUCAGACACGGUGCUUAACGGUACAAAUUGGCAUUGUUACAGAAAACCACAUCUUUGCACUGAAAGGACAAUUCACCGUACUUCUCUUUGUGCCUUCUCACUCUUUUUCCACCAGCAGAUGGCAGCAAGUGAUUCUUGUUUUGCAUCACAUCACUUUUUUUUUUUGAACAGUAAAGACACCAUUUAUGAUAUUGUWUGACCUCACAUUGAGUUCAGUUUUGCUUUAAUUUCUGUGCUGAACGUGUGCUGAGAGGUCAAAAUGCCUCAUUUAUUCUCACUCAGCUCGGGAGGAAGAGCUGAAGGUUUAACUUUCCCAGUCCAGUGAGGCACUGAAAACCACUUAGCCUCUGGUGUGUGUGUGUGUGUGUGUCUGUGUGUCUGUGUGUCUGUGUGUGUGUGUGUGUGUGUAACAGAGAAAAUACACUCUGUUGUUGAAAAUAGGACAGUAAAAGCCAAAACCAGAUGUUUUUUUGAUUGGUCAACUAAAGGCAUCAUAUAAAUGCAGUUCUUUUACUAUUGAUCAGUUUCUCUCUAGCCAAAUAAAUGUGAUAAUAAUCUGAGAUGUUUAAWUUUUUUUUUUACAUUUAGUGUUGCCUUCCCUUUUUAAUAAAGCAUAAAUAAAUAAA